ACACAUUUGACGAAGCACCAGCAAUGACAAUCCCCCCCAUUAACUCCGCAUUGACAUAGCCGACCUCAGAGUUUGGUCUUAUUCCGAGGUGACUGCCGUAGUUUGAGUUGAACUCUGCGGAGAAAGGUCACCGUAACUUGCAGCCUUCACGUCGUGUACGUAAACCUGUUUCCCGGUGUUUUAUCUUCGGGGACUCUCGCAGGCGAAUCUGAGCGGACAAGAUGCGUCUCACGUUGGCGAUGUUGAUCUCCCACGGCCGGGUGGCCCGGAAGAUGGGUCUGGGUCCGCAGUCCCGAAUCAACAUGCUUCGGAACAUUUUGACAGGACUGGUCCGGCACGAGAGGAUAGAAACCACGUAUGCACGAGCUGACGAAGUCCGCUUCUACGCUGAAAAGCUGGUUGACUACGCCAAAAAGGGAGACACGGAUGAGAAGGCGAUGAAAAUGGCGAGCUUUUGGCUCACGGAGAAGGAUUUAGUCCCAAAGCUGUUCAAGGUCCUUGCUCCACGGUUUGAGACUCAGGCAAAUGGCUACACGAGGAUGGCUCAGAUCCCGAACAGACAGAACCUGGACAAAGCCAAGAUGGCCGUCCUGGAAUACAAAGGCAACCCUUUCCCUCCUCUCUAUCCUGUGAAAAAGGAGAACAAACUCACGCUCAUCAACCAGCUGCUCAAAGGCUACAGAGAGGAGAGGGCACAACAGUUGGCAGCCAAAGCUUAAUGAGAAGAAGCCUGAAGUUGGAUCAGUGAGCUGCAGACUGACGGUUGUGCUGCUGAGAUGCGUUUGAAGAGUCACAUGCAGAUGCUGCACAUUGAAGCUUAUAGAGACACAUGCAUAUCUACACCAAAAAGAA